AUGGGCACGCCGAAUAUGAACUACGUGGUUUCUCCGCAUUCGGAAUCGCUUCCGAUUCCUAAUCUGAUUCCGGAACUGAUUUCAAAACCAAUUCCGGAACCAAUACCGGAUCCGGUUCCAGAACCAAUUUCGGAUCCGAUUCCGGGACCCAUUCUGAAAUCGAUUCCGGUACCAAUUCCGGAUCCGAUUCCGGGACCAAUUCACGAUCCGAUUCCGGAACCAAUCCGGGGUCCGAUUCCAGAACUAAUUACAGAUCCGAUUAUCCAAUCGGAACCAAUUCCGAAUCCGAUUCCAGAACCAUUUCCGGAUCCGAUUCCAGAACCAAUCCCGGAUCCGAUUCCAGAACCAAUUCCGGAACCGAUUCCGAGACCAAUCCCAGAUCCGAUUCCGGGAUACAAUUCCGAACGUACUAUUCGGAAUCGAUUCCGGAAAAUUUGGAAUCGAAUCCGACCGAAACAUCAUUUUGCCCAUCACUAA